GAAUAGUAGUUUGACCUUUAUUUUCUAGGUGAGGCCGAGAACUUUUUGAACACCCCUCGUAUUCAUGACGUCACCGAGAUGGACAUCAAGGCAGUGUCAGAGUUUUUGGGAGAAAAGCCCUUCGUCAUGGGGCAGGAGCCGACAGAGGCCGAUGCCACUGUGUACGGAUUCAUGGCAGAGAUCCUUUGGGCGGCACCGCAGUCAUCAGACCUGUACGUUCUCGUCACUGAGAAGUGUCCGAACAUCAGGGAGUACUGUGUGCGCAUGACACGACGCUACUGGCAGGACUGGGAGGGUCUGAUCGACAAGUGCUGAAGCGUUACUGUGGUCACUGGCUGGUAUUGAAUAGGCUUGAAUAGAUGAAUGCAUAUGUUUGUACUGUAUUUAGAAAACGCGAGUAAUAAUACUGCCCCAUUUCAUCACCAUA